AUGAAUACCUUGACUCCUUCAAGGGCAAGAACACAACAAAGGGUCUCGAACGACCUUCACAGCAACACCAACAACUACUCCUCACCCGCCCGCGGCAAGGCGACGACUACCCCACCACUCUACACCACAGUUGACAACCUCCUCCUCCCAGGGGUCAUUGGCGCAACAGUCGAAGGACCCAAGACUCCAAUCCGGUCACCCAACGCAAAGAGAGUCCUCGACUUUUUCCCUCACGCCAACAGCAACAACGGCCCUUUCAAGAACAGGAUGUCCUUCACUUCCUCCCCAUUUGCCGUUCCACAAUCACGGAGAGCCAAUGGCAAUUAUAUCGACACCGAGGUUGCCCUUGAAAGACCGUCGUCUCUUGGCUUUGGUCAAGGUACACCCAGGAAUAACGGCGACAUUCCCCAAACGCCACAAGGAAAGCAGUACAGAAAGGCAUUUCGACCCCAUGAUACCCCUAUUGCUGGCUCCAAACGCCCGCAGAACAGCGACAGUGUCGACAAUCUCAGGAACGGUGGUAGCAACGGAAGGACAUCAGAUGGCCUCACCUCCUAUUUAUAUCAACCUUCUCCUUUUGUGGACGAUCAAGUCGACGACCGUGCAAGUCCUGUGAGUGCUCUCGGUCACAACAACCACGACUACGCUGAGGACGAUGACGACAACGGAAACCAGCCUCGUUCAGCCAACUUCCGCAGUCGUCAGGAGACUGACCGAACACUAAACGACCAAGUCGAGCACACAGAGGAUCACCAGCUCUAUUUGAAUGAGAGGCAUCAAUUCGACAACGUGGAGGAUGAGAGGGACGAUGCACCUCAUGACGAGCUCGAACAUGAUGCCUACGAGAAUGAUGAUGAAGGGCUCGACAUCGGUGAGCAGGAAGAUGAAAUAUAUCCCCACGAGCGGCUUCGAGGCAACAGCUACGACGAUGCAGCGUUAGACGACCAAAGCGACGAGUCCUUGGACGAGCGCGAGAUUGCAGAGCUCAAGCGGGAACAGGAACAAUUGGGAUUCAUCAAGCGGUGGGCACAUUUGCUGCGAAAGCAGCGCGAUGAGUUUGGCUGGGGCAACUCGAAGCAACAGGACGGCUAUCCCAGCGAAGGCUCCGAUGUUGAUUCCGACACCUCGUUCACCAGUGCUCGAGUUCGCAGGGAACCGUAUCAAAGGAAGAAGACUCCCGUCCCCUCGCGAUUGAGCAAAGUCGUCGCCGCCCCAACUUCCGCUUCAAAACCGCCUUCACCCGAGCCAAGAUCGCCUACGCCGCAGCCAGAAUUGCUUCGGUCCUCCCAACCAACAUCUCCUCGGUCUCAGCCUACGCCUUCUCGGUCACAAGCAACGUCUCCCAGGUCUCCCAGCAAAUCUCCAUUCAAUGUUCCCUCGAUGAGACAGUUUGAUUCUGGUAUCGGACUCGACGGCUCUCAGGAAUUUGAUGACGAGGCUGAGCUUCUGGAAGAAUUGCUCGAGGAAGAGGCUGAGGAGGAAGAGGAGGAAGAGGAGGAAGAGGCAGACUUUAUAAGGCAUACAAGUGCGGAGGAAAAGGACCCGGUUGUGUUGGAUGCUUACCGACCUCUAGAACGACGCAUCACACCCUCUCCACGACCAUCAAGUCGCGUUAGCGCCUUCAAGGAGGAGGAAGAUGAGCGGCCGUACAUCACUGAGCGCUAUGGCCACCAUUCCGACACUUCUGAUUACGAGAGCGACACGGAGCGUCGGUCGAGAUACGGUGUGAAUCUGCGGACGAAGAACCCGAUCGAGCCUCGAUACAGUUGGCACUACGAGACCCACUCGCCAUUAUAUCAGUCUACCGAAGCCUCGGCCUCUGCACGCGUCUACCCCUGGCAUGUUGUGGGACAUGCGGUUGAGGGCUACUUGGACACCCUUCAGCACAUUUACCAUUCUCUCACGACAGCAUUGGAGUUCUUUGCAUGGACAGUCCUUUCGUGGGUCUCGUUCAUCCUUCUGUGGCCAUGGUCACAAAGGCAUACUGUCUGGAAGACUGGAGAGUCUUGGGUUCGGACUGGUAUCGCAUCUGGACUGUUGCGACCAGGCACUCUUUUUGGCGUCGCUCUUCUUGGACUCGCUGUCUGGGCCAGCCACAAGUUUGGAUACGAGGGCGUUUCAGGAUUCAAGGACGGACGAGCUUGUAACAACGAGACUGUCGUGCCAAGUCCAAGUCGGGGACCUGGGUUGAGGGAGAUUGUGUCGAGCACAUGGGAUAGGAUAUCUUGGCCAAGUACACCGGAACGGGAUGGACGCUCUCACGUCAGCAACCCACGCCAAUGGUUCGAAUGGGUCCCAAGUAUUCCUUCUGUCGAAAAGUGGAUCCCAUCCCGCAAGACCAGCAAGCCUUCACCAUCGCCGUCGAGCACUAUUCAGAUCCCAACAGAACAGAUCCAGUCCUUGGAGGAGCUCGAGUCAAGGAUUGAGUUGAUUCAGAAGGCGCUGGUAGACCUCGGCCACGCGGAUGAUCGAUUAGACAAGGACCUACGCUCAAAGCUGGAAGGAAUGUCCGUCUGGGUCUCGGGUGUUGAACACACGCUCAAGGGUGUCGAACACAAGGUCAACAAAGUCUCGAGCGAGGUCGAGUCGCUGAAGAAUUACGUCAGCGACGGUCGGUGGAUCGAGCAAACGGUGCUGGAGCUGGUUCGGGACGAGAUCCCAAGACAUUUGGUGGUCGCCAGGGACCCUCGGACGGGUAAACUGUCAAUCCCGAGCGAGUUCUGGGAUACUGCCCGCGAAUUGUUUAUGACUUCGGAUCAAGUUCAACAAUCCAUCAAGGAUCAAGUGGCGCUUCUCGACCAGGACUCGGACGACCAACAGGAGGACGACUCCUCUUCUAGCAGAUGGUCCUGGGGCUCUUCGCGCGGGAAGAAGAAAUCUGGCAAGGCGAUUGGUUGGGAUGACUUCUUGCUUGAGAAUGAGAAGGCGAUGGGCUCGUUUGUUGAGGGUAGGAUGUCGAAGGUCUCGAGAACCGUCUUUUUGAGUCUGCUCAGGACUGAGGCGAACUUGAUUUGGCAGAGUCUGGAACGGAAUGUCGUCGCGUUAUUGGAGAAGCAAGGCAAGCUGGAGGGCAAAGCCGCGCCUGGCAGGGGUGGCUACGACUCGUCUAAUUCGGCCAACAGCAACAACAACAACCUUGAACGGGCCUUGACGGACAUUGAGCGAGAUCUCAUUUCAGGAUUAAUCGACAAGGCGCUGGAGAAGUACUCUGCCGAUGCCCUGGCCAAGCCCGACUAUGCCCUGCACUCAGCGGGUGGUAGGAUCAUCCCUCGACUCACCUCGCCCAAUUACUUUCACUAUGUGGAACCCACCCUGCUGGGUCGACUUGGCGCACGGUUUUUUAUCCCCUUGCCUCGGCGUGAGAAACCGGCAGAGAAGGCGAUCGAGCCCGACAUGCAUGCUGGAGAGUGCUGGGCCAUGGAUGGACAAGAAGGACAGCUGGCGGUUCGACUUGCACGGAAGAUUGUGAUCACAGAGGUGACCAUCGAGCAUGCGGAUCCGUCGGUUGUUUUGGACUUGGGUAGUGCUGCCAGAGAGAUUGAGGUCUGGGGAUUGAGAGGUCGGGACGACGCGGCGCCCGUUACGCCUCAGUCGUCACGACCACAUGUUGAGCCUUCAAGCACAGCUUCAGCCAACAAGCAGGAGCAAGAAAAUAAGCAGGAGAUCAAGGCAGGCGAUCGAUGGCGCGAAGGAGCGCCCUGGCCAGGAUCGACUCUUUUGACAACCAUCGAGUUCAACGCCAACACAACAAUAGCCAGCAACAUCGACGCCGACGCGUCAGAAAAGCCAAAGUCACGUCAGACAUUCUCGAUCCCCUUGUCCAAGCAGACCGUGCCUUCUGUAGGAGCCGUUUUCCGGAUCAAAUCGAACUGGGGCCAUCCCAAGAUGACAUGUGUCUACCGCGUUCGCGUCCAUGGAUACGAGCUUACUGAUACUCUCGAACAGCAGUAG